AUGACAACAUCACAAGGAAAAAUAGUGUCGGAUAGUUGCGAAAUGCUUGAAGGAAACUUGGAUCGCCCACGAAAAUGUGUCGUUAUUCAUCGACGUAGAAUGGCGGAUGAUUUGGAGAAAAUUGAAUUGAGAUAUGUCGCCUAUAAUCGUGUUGACAAAGGAGAGCAGACAACGGUAGGAGAUAUCAAUUGUUAAUCAAAAAAUUCUAAAUUUUUAGGCUUUUGAUGUGAUGGCUGAUGCUGCAAAAUACAUGAAAGAACAAGCAAAUGAAGUUAAUUACAAAGAAGUUGGCUAUAACUCGUGUACCAGUCAAGCUACAAACCAAGUCACAUUCCCUGAAUCGAAACAACAAAAGAAGCUUCGCCUUUGUCUUCCAGUUCUCAAUGUUUGUCUAGUUGUUUCCUGUUUUCAUUUUCAAAUUUCUGAAUUUUCAGAAUAUUCGUGCUCGCUUUGAAGCUGCUGAAAAUAAUGAAAAAGUAGAUCAUCAUACUCGUCGAACCAAUGCAACACUUCGUGCACUUUGUGAUGAAAUUCUUGAAGAAGCCACGUAUACUUUGCAAAAUGGGACUCCAAUCACUGCCGAUCUCAUGAAGAAAAUCCAAAAUAUUAAUGAUUUGACGAGAAAAGUGUUGGCACAAGAAAAUGAGACAAUUGAUUCGGAGAGAGAUGAUAAAGAAUUGGCGGUUUCUCAAUCGAGCCCAUAUCAUCAACAAAAGUAA